AUGCUCAGCAGUAAGCUUCCUCAAAUUGCUCUAGCUGUAGGAGUUGGCGUAGCAACGGGUAUCUAUGUUUUUCAACCACUUAUAAAACAAUAUGAAGAGGAAACGAAUGGAACAUGGUUGCGUCCUGGUGAUGAAGUUCGAAUUAAAAAAAGCGAUCAGAUCAAUCCACCAAAUAAAUAA